ACUGUUCUUUGUUUCCAUGAAGUCAGCAGCCUGAAACUGACUCCAAACAUUUGCCCUCAUCUAAACUUAGCUGUUUCUAUUUUGAAAGCUGUGAGAAAGGAGGAACCUCUCUUCAGAGCCAGCCAGCUUCUGGACCUGCAACCUCUCUCUCGUUUCCAGAUUUUUGAAAAUGCUGAAGCUCUCCUGACUGAACGGUGAUGUCAGCAAACAGCAGUGUAUCCGAGGAGAACAGCCACUGUGGAGAUGCAGACAGUGAGAGGUAUCAGCUAUGUUCUACGUCUGGUUUCCUUUCAGCCAAGUUAACCAUAGUGAUUGGAGACACACACUUUUCAGAAGAGAGGAUGUUCCUUGUCCAGAAUUGCGACUACUUCCGAGCCCUGUACCGCUCUGGAAUGAAGGAGUGUAACCAAGACCAAAUCCACCUGCAGUGUCCAGGCGCCCGAGGCUUCUUCAUUGCCUUGGCCGUCCUGCGGGGCGAGCUACCAGCUUUGGGUGAAGACGACAUUGUGGAGGCUAUUGAAUGUGCGGCUUUCCUGCAGGUGACUCCACUCACAAAGUAUCUUAUUGACCUUAUUGACACUGACAACUGUUUGCUACUGUACCACACUGCAGCAACAUUCGGCCUGAUUGAACUUUACCAUGCUGCUGCACUCUUCAUUCGAGACAUGUACAGCGACCUGGAGGCUGAGAUUCAGAAGACCUUACCAUCAGAGUUGACCUCUUACAUAGAGUCUUUGCCACCCAGUGUUUUUGUAGCGGUAGGGGCCCACGUGACCUGUGGCGUGGAUAACAGCAUACAUUCUGCCUCCAGGACAGUCUGUUACCUCGAUGAAACUAGAAACAGCUGGAAAAUCCUGACAGAUCUUCCACUAGAGGCCAGCACCUCCAUGGCCGGCGUGACCGUGUUAGACAACAAACUCUACAUCAUUGGCGGCGUUCAUGGAGUUCACAAGCAAGCUGUUGAGGCUUGCUUCUGCUACAAUGUUGAAGAAAACAGCUGGACCAGGAUUGCUCAUCCAGCACAACUGCGCUAUAAUUUGAGCCUUGUUGGUGUAGAUGGUUUCCUUUAUGCUAUAGGAGGAGAAUAUGAGCGAACUGCGAUGUCAUCUGUGGAGAAAUAUGAUGUUGAGAGCGGGAAGUGGACAUUUGCUGCCCACUUACCUCGGCCUGCUGCGGGGGCGGCUUGCACCAAGACCAUGGGCAGGAUAUUUGUGUGUUUAUGGAGGCCAAUGGAGACCUCAGAGAUCUACGAGUACAUCUCAGGGAAAGACGAGUGGCUCCUUGUUACCGUGCUGAUCCGGCGCCAGAGCUACGGCCACUGCAUCAUCGGCCACAGAGACAACAUCUACGUGAUGAGAAAUGGCCCUUCUGAUGACUUUCUUCGAUGCCUGAUGGACUGUUACAACCUAAACUCAGGACAAUGGUCCUCCCUGCCUGGACAUUUUGCCAACAGCAAAGGUUCACUGUUUACAGCUGUGGUAAAGGGGGAUUCUGCGUUCACACUCAACAGAAGCAUGACUCUAGAAUACAGAAUUGAAAGUAAAAACUGGAAGCCCAGGCGACAGAUGAAAGGUUUCCCUAGAAGUGGGUCUGUGUGGACUUUCCUGCUCCGAUUGCCAGACGCUCACAUGACCCAACACUGACUUUAAUUAGGCUAUCACAAAGUAAAGUUAGACUUUUUUAUUUUGAUAUGGGCUUCUAUAUUUGCAGGGACCUAUGUAUGAUUUCUGUUAAUGAUCAAAAAGAACAGUGCAUUUGUUUUAUUUGCUGACAUCAGUUUAGGAAGUCUUCUUUUUCAAAAACUUGCUAAAGCUGUUUAAUGUAGUACUGAAAUUGUUGGGUUUCCAGACUGGAAGAGGGAAACACAUCAUCCAUCACUACAUGAUGAAUCAGCCAAGUCAGGUACAAACAUCUCACAUGUAGAGUACAAUAACCAGGCGUGAGGAAAACAGGACAUUUUGCCAAGUUAAAAACCAUAAACUUUGGUCUAUUGCACUAUGAAUUUAUUGGAUGGACCAACAUAAAGAAGUAAAGAAUUGUGAAGUGGAAAAAACGGUUUUCAGAUAUCUUACGAUCAAAAUUUUGAAAUGCAUGGCUUAGAUGUGUUUUCAGCCCUUUCUGAUUCAAUACUUUUCUCAAUGCAGUAGAACCACUUGUUGCUGCAAUCAGCUGCAGUUGUUUAGGGGUAUGUCUAUCAACUUUGGAUAUCCAUAUACUGAUAUUCCUGCGCAGCCUUCUGUACAAAAUAGCUCAAACAAAGUCAAGUUGGCCGGACUUUUCCUGGGGAAAUUCUAACUCAUGGAUAUGUUUUGAUCUAAACCAUUCCAUUGCAGCUCUGGCUGGAUGUUUAGGAUGGCUGUCCUGCUGGAAGGUGAACAUCUUCUGCUGCCACUAACAGGUUUUUCUUCCAGGAUUGUCCUGGAUUUAGAUUCAUCCUUUUCCCAUGAACUCUGACCAAUUUCUCUGCUCCUACUAAGGAAAAGCAUAUCCACAGCAUGAUGCUUCCACAUCCAUGUUUCACAGCAGAUAUGAGUUAUUUAUGUAGCCUGACAAUUACCUGAGAAGAGCACGUUCCUCUGUUUUGUGUACCUACAUGGCUUGUCGCACACUGCAAAUACCAUUUGUUAUGGCUUUCUGU